AUGGUAAACGCUCCCAGAUUCUGGGAGCCUCGGUUGUUGGUUCAGUUAUCAUUUCUCUUCAAUGCCAGAAACCUCGUGUCCAAAGGCUUGAAACUGAAUCGAGCGUUCCGCAUCCUGACCGAUAUAGGCGUCAUCACAGUGGUUCCCUCAGAGUUUGCGAAUGAAAUCCGGACAGACUCGCGGCUAAGUUAUCCACAAGUAAUUACUGAGAAUUUUCAUGCUCGGUUCCCCGGCUUCGAGGGUUUCCGGGAAGGCACAACCGAUGCGGCACUAAGUCGCGAUAUUGCCAGAAAGCAUCUCACACACUCUUUAGAUAAAGUUACAGGAGCUCUAGCAGAGGAAUGCACGGUUGCAUUGAAAGAUCACUUCCCAGAUGCAAAAGGUCUAACAUCUGUAGUAGACUGGACAGAGAUCAAUCUUCGUGACCAUGUCCUGAAGCUUGUAGCACGUCUUUCCUCUCGCGUCUUCCUAGGAGAAGAGAUCACGAGGAAUGACGAUUGGAUAAAAGUCACCACUGAAUACACAACCGAUGCUUACAUUGCGGCCAAAAUCCUUCGUUUAUGGCCGGCCAAGCUUCGCCCGUUGGUUCACUGGAUACUGCCAUGUUGUAUCAAGCUCCGCCGACAUGUUUUCAAGGCGAGGAGUAUUAUCAUAGCUGCCAUUGAGCGGCGUCGCCUGGUAAAAGAAGCCGCUAUCAAGUCUGGCAAGCCUAUUCCAGUUUUCAACGACGUGAUUGAGUGGCUUGAACAAGAUACCAAAGACACGACAAGCGAUUACGAUCCUGUUGUUGCGCAACUCAUUUUGUCACAAGCCGCAAUCCACACCACAACAGACUUGCUCACCCAAGCCAUUCUUGAGAUUGCAGCCACUCCGGAAGUCGUCGAACCUUUACGAGAUGAGAUCAAUGACGCCGCUAAUAGAUUGGGAUGGAGCAAGGCGGCGUUUCACGAGAUGAAGCUCCUUGACAGCGUGCUGAAGGAGAGCCAGCGCCGGAAGCCCCUUGCCAUGACGUUCAUGCAUAGGCUUGUCUUGGAAGACACAACUCUAUCUAAUGGCGACACAAUACCCAAGGGGAGCGUCAUUGGUGUUUCUGCAGACAAGCUAUGGGAUCCGAACGUGCAUGAAAACCCUGAGAGAUUCGAUGGUUAUCGUUUUGUCCGCAUGCGAGAGAGCGGUGAUAGUAAGGUCGCAAAUCAGGCGCAUCUUGUGAGCACAAGCCCGAAUCAUCUUGCGUUUGGCUACGGGAAGCACGCGUGUGCUGGCCGCUUUUUCGCCGCACACGAAUCCAAGAUGGCGCUCUCAAACAUUUUGCUGAGAUACGACUGGAAGCUAGCACCGGUCUCAGCCAACGAAAAGCCUCUUGAGUUUGGUUUAGUGCUUGUUGCCAAUCCAAAGGCAAGGAUCUCAAUGCGAUUGAGACAGCGUUCAUAG